AUGACGGUUACGACUAACUUCUCGAUGAUGCGACCAUGCUUCACUGGAUACCCGUUUCAAGAUCUAGGUUCUAUACCGGGUCAGGGCCGCGUCAAUCAACUCGGGGGUGUUUUUAUUAACGGGCGGCCAUUGCCCAAUCACAUUCGGCUGAAAAUCGUAGAAAUGGCCGCCGCUGGUGUCAGGCCUUGCGUGAUAUCGAGACAAUUGAGGGUGUCCCAUGGCUGCGUGUCGAAAAUCCUGAACCGCUACCAGGAGACCGGAAGUAUCCGACCGGGAGUGAUCGGCGGAAGUAAGCCGCGCGUCGCGACGCCGGAAGUCGAGGCGCGAAUCGAGGAAUACAAGAGGGACAACCCCGGGAUAUUUUCCUGGGAGAUCCGGGAUCGACUUAUCAAGGAGGGCAUCUGCGACAGGACGAGCGCCCCCAGCGUGUCCGCCAUUUCCCGGCUUCUUCGAGGACGCGAUCCCGAGGAUGAACCCAAACUUGGAGACGGAAGAACCAGCCCAGGCUCCGACUGCGAGAGCGAGCCGGGGAUUCCUCUGAAGAGGAAGCAGAGGAGGAGCAGGACCACCUUCACCGCCCACCAGCUGGACGAGCUCGAGAGGGCUUUUGAGAGGACCCAGUACCCGGACAUCUACACUAGGGAAGAGCUGGCCCAGAGGACCAAGCUGACCGAGGCCAGGAUUCAGGUCUGGUUCAGCAACAGAAGAGCUCGCCUCAGGAAACAGUUGUCCUCGCCGACGUCGGGAGGUUAUGUCGGCUCCGUUGCGUACCCUGCGGCGUCUUACGUUCUGCAUCCACCGGCAGCGGCGCACCCUCAUUCUGGAGCUGCAGUUCCCCCGAGUCAUCCUCAUUCUGGAGCCACGGUUCCACCGAGUCAUCCUCAUCCUCAUUCGCAUGGUCAAACCCUGCCGGACCCUGCGUUCUCCUCCAGCCAAGUUCCAGAACUCUACUCCUCGCACCACACGACCAUGUCCCAUCAGCUGAGCGCCGACUCCACCCGGUUAGGGUCUUCGGUCGGGUCCACCCCAACCUACAGUCUUCCAACGUCGAUGACGUACCCACCGUCGUUGCUGCCACCCACGUCAUCGUCGACCACCAGUCACAUGGCCCACCAGGUCUCCCCAGUGACUGCAGCAUCGUCCAGCUACCAGCAGCCCAGCAGCCACCAGCUACCUCCAACGCCCAACGCCUUGGUGACCAUGAUGGGUCCCAAUUCCGCCAGUUCCAACGCGGGCUCGGAUCAGCUGGCCACCGGAGAGUUGCCCAUCGGUUCCGUCUCCCCAGUCCAGCAACAGGCUCAGCAGCCUCCAGGGCCCCAGGGGAACUCGUCGCCCUCUUGGAACCUGCCCAUCUCAGGGAGUGGACGAGUGGGUCUAUCUAGCCCUCCAUCGAGCCUUCAACAACCCCAUGCUCAUAGUUCGCAUCCUCACCAAGCGUUUUCCUGCCACUAUGCCGCCCAGGGCUUCCAGCAGCCUCCUAGACCGGUGCCCCAUCAGCCUUUCUACAGCUGGUAUUGAGAGUAGAGGGGAAGUACGCGAGGAAAGGAAGGAAGUACAUGAGGAAAGGAUGGAAGUACAUCAGGAAAGGAUGGAAGUACAUCAGGAAAGGAGGGAAGUACAUUAGGAAAGAGGGGCAGUACACGAGGAUAGGUCUUCAAGUUAAAGGACCAGGAGAAACGUGUCCUGGGAGACGUUUCCCAUGACAAGGAUGUCACGGUUCUUUUGACCCUCGCACCAGUCUUCCUGAGAUUUUCUUUGCCUAGGGGUGUCUGAGUAUGGUGCUAGAUGUCGGAUAAAACGUUUAUGAUUCAUCUCUGGAUUGAGAGAAAUUAUUUCUCGCCAGUAAUCGGACUUCCGCUUCGACGUAAAUACUGGUAAAUUUGUAGUUACUUCCUAAGCUUAGCGAUUAGUCACACUUGGAUCAUUAUAUCGGUAUACUAUUUGUUAAUAUAGUUUCCUCGGUAUCUCGGAUAGGACCCCUCGCGUUAUACCAGAAACACAAGUCCAGUGAGUACGCGAGAGUUGUAAAAAGACAAUCCUGUAAAUAGUCGAUUUUAUUGAAUCACGAGGGACGUUGCCGAUUGUUUCAGCAAUUUGCAGGCGAUUGCUGGUUUCGGGAUGACGAGCCGUUCGCGUAUUAAAUUAAAAAUCAUCUUUACGGGAACUUGCUCGUUCCUUCCAUUCUCUGACUAGAGCAAUACUUCAUCCAGUUAAUGUUAGAGUUAUGUAGUGCAACCAAAAAGUGUUAAGCAUGCGAUUAGUUUAUUAUUAGGAGGCGGGAAGCUGCGGCGAGUUGCUCGAAAUUCCGCCUAGGUGAACACUAGAAUUGUAAAUAAUUGAGAAUUGCUGACGAACCUCAAGGUGGGUUUCUCGUCGGCGGAACUGUUCAAUUAAUUUCAAACCUGUACAGCGAUUGCUUAUCUUAUAGUUUAAAUAAUCCCAUCUGGAAAUCGUAUUAAAGCUACCGAUGUAUAGAAAAUAUUUGUGCAUGCAUUGUAUAGUACUUCUUUUACCAAGCGAGGUUACUGAAUAAAGAGCAAUGAAUUAAUGAGACUGAUCAUUUGGUAGCUCUUAAUUAAAGAAAAGGGAAUCUCUUCGUCGAAUUGAGUGCACCGAAAUGGUAAAGUCCUUGGCGAAAGAGUUGCAAAAAAGAUAACUUUGUUAUAGCAGAUUGUCGAAGACUGAUCAGAAUUCGUCCUCUUAGUUCCUGACCCAAUCAAGAAACUCGUAGCGUUGAGUGAUGAGAGAAAUGUGCCUUGCACGUUGAGUUCGAGCGAGACGCCACAGAGUUCUGUACAGUAAGGAUCGAGAUCCCAGGAGCGGGGUAAAUAGAAAUAA